AUGGAUCCAUUCCUGAUGCCCCCGGGGCCCCACACCAGGGCGCAGGGGCCGAAGCCGAGGGAAACGCGCCGGGGUCGAAGAGAUCACGCCGUCGGGCGCCUGGGCUCCCGGCGGCCUCGCGCCGCCAACGGGCGGCUCAGCGACAGGGGCCGGAUGGCCGAGGCCGGCGCCGCUGCCUUCGCGCCGCCCCCCGGGCUCGAGGCGCUCGGCGCAUGGGGCCUGCCUCUGGGCCUCUCCCCGCCGCCCGGGCUGCCGCUGCCACCCUCGAUGACGAGGCUGGCCGAUGCCGCGGCCGCCACCUGCGCGCCGCCCGGCCUCGAGGAGCCCGCGCUGGCCCGGGCGGCAGCAGCUCCGGGCUGCUCCGCCCACGGGCUGCCCGACGAGGCAGGGCCGCACCUCGAGCUGUGGCCCGCCUGCUUCGCGACCAUCUCCGGCCUGCCGAACGAGCUGCUGACGGAUGUCAUGUUCGAGGCCAUCCUCGAGCAGGCCGGCCUGUCCACCCUGGUCGUGGGCUUUGGCCUGCGUCCGGGCCGGCCGUGCGGCGAGGCCACGGUGUGUCUGACGGACCGGAUGGCCCUGGAGCGGUGCGCGCAGCACUUCCAGGGCUGCCAGUGGGACCCCUCUGGCGCCCAGGUGGCGGUCGCCACGGACGUCCAGGGCUGCCAGGAGCGGGAGCUGGCCGUGGCCGCCGCCUGCGCUGGCGGCGGGUGCGCCUUCGGCCUCGCCGCCGCCGCCGAGGCGCCCGCGUGCGGCUCCUGGCCGUCGGCCCUGUCGUGCGAGGCGCCGGCCUUCGUGCCGCUCGCGGGCUGCGGCGCGCGGGCGGCGUCCUCGGGCGAGGCCAAGGGGAUCGAGGUCAGGAAGCCUGCCGCGCUCGUCACCUCGGACACGAGCACGGAGGUGGGCGAGAGCGAGGCGGAGGACGAGCACGACUCCUCGAGGGCACGGGCACUGGCUGCAGCGUGGGUUGCGCCGCAGGGGGGGGUCUGA